AUGAGCGCCCAUCCCAUGUCCCCCUCGAGCUCGGCCUCGUCUUCCUCGGCCCACUCCAACUCGAACGGCGCCAUUCAGCAGCAGCGCCAGUAUGUGCUCGAGGUCGCGCCGCCCAUGCCGCAGCGCCCGUCCGCAGCCGACGAAGAGAUCGAAGUUAUCAGCUUUGGUUCGGCCGCGCCCAAGCGCAAGACUGAGCGUGCCGGCUCCUUCCCUUCCCAGUCUCGCGACCCGUUCAAGGUCCGUGACGGACUGCAGCCGCGCAAGGCGAGCAGCGGGGUCUACACGCCCAACACGUUCCCCGGCGCUCGCUCCGAGACGAGCAGCCUCACGCGCUCGCCUUCCAACGUCUCGACGGCUAGCAGCCAGCUCUCUCCUCCGCCCAUGUGCAACAGCAACCGCGCCUCGCGCCUUUCUGGUCUGAAGCGCAUCAGCGUCGGCUUUGGCCACCACCACGGCCACGGCCACGGUCAGCAGCGCAACAGCGUCAUCAGCUCGCCGACUGUCGUCUCUGUCCCCUCGUCGCUCGGCGACCGCGCUCUCACGCCCGUUGCGCGCCAGGCCUCGUCCUCGUCUGGCCACACGGACCGCACGUCUUCCUCUUUCGCGGCUUCUUCAGCCACGGACAGCACUGGGCGUCGCUACGGGCACUCGCCCACGAGCAGCACGCACUCUGCGUCCUCGAUCAGUCCCCCCGCGACGCCCACGACGCCUACCGAGUCCAAGGCUGGCAUUGUCGACCCGAACAACUCGUCUCCCGACCUGGACAAGGCGAGCAGCUCGUCGUCGCCGACCGGGCCGAAGCGUACCCGCCGCAAGCCCGUGCCGCAGAUGGACGUGGACCUCAUCACGCGCCUUGAGCGGCUCGAGAUGGAGUCCAAGUGA